AGCAGCGGCUUGUCUCCGCGCGCUUUCGCUUUCACGUUUUCUUUCCCUUUCCCGGAAAAGAAAAUCGCCGGGGAACGAUUUUCCCCUUUCCAUUUUCCCACCGACUGAAGCAAGGGACCCCGAUCGUUUCCCCUUCCUACUCUCUCUCGCGAAAGCUCGAAACCCUAGAAAUCGAAACCUCCGCGGAUCUCCUACAGUUCCGAUCCCUCUCCUCCGUCGCGCCGGCUCGAGACGCUGCCCCGGCCCGAUCGAGUGGAGAAACGGGCGAGGAAGUGAAGAUGAGCGAAUCCGACGACCUCCGCCACGGCCGCGGCGGCGGCAGUGGAGAUGGCGAGCUGGACGGCGAGGACCCGGUCGCCGAGUGGGAGUUCGGCCUCCCGAGUUGCGAUGACCUGGCGCCGUUGUCUCAGGCGUUGAUUCCACCCGAUCUGGCGUCCGCGUUCAGCAUCGCGCUGCGGCCCUCGAGAACCGCCGGCGACGUCAAUCGCGCGUCCCGGAGCACGUUGACGGGAUUGCGCCGCUGCGGCAGCACCGCGUCUUCGCAGGGUUUUUCCACCAACGAUAAUUUCAAGUCCUUCGUUGAUGAUCGUCAGAGCAUGGAGGUGGAGGUGGAGGAGGAGGAGAAGGAGGAAGAGGAGGAGGAGGAGGAGGAGGAGGAGGAGGAUGGUGCCGAUAAAUCGGAUUCCAGGAAAUCGAGGAGGAUUGAGACGGCCGAAGAAGUGGAUUCCACUCCGAGGAUGGAUGAUUCGCAGGAGGAUCCGUCGGAGAAGACAUCAAAGAGGCCACGGCUGGUUUGGACACCUCAAUUGCACAAGAGGUUUGUCGACGUGGUUGCCCAUUUAGGGAUCAAGAAUGCGGUUCCAAAGACUAUAAUGCAGUUGAUGAAUGUUGAGGGAUUGACAAGGGAAAAUGUGGCGAGUCAUCUGCAGAAGUAUAGGGUUUACUUGAGGAGGAUGCAGGGGAUGUCAAGUGAAGGACUUUCGUCAUCCGAUCAAUUGUUUACCUCGACUCCGGUGGUGCAUAGCUUGAAUUAUGUUGCAGGCAGCACUGGUCAUGGUGAUGGGCAAAUGCCCAUGCCGACACCGGUGCCCUAUGGAGCACAGCCGCCUAUGAUGCCUAUGCCAGUUUAUGCAAUGGGGCAUGGUUAUGGACACAUGAGAAUGCAAAUUGGUGAUUUAUCUGGGUUUGAGUCAAACCAAUACGUGACGCAACAGAGAGAUUGGUCCAGUAAUAAGUAUGGUUCGGUUGCUUCUUACCAACAGACCGCUUCAAACGAGAAACGAUUCUAGCGGAAUUUAUUGACGAUAAAGAAAGGUUAACUUCUUGGUCUUGUAAGAUACUCUUCAUGAUGAUUCAUUCGUCCAUGGUUGCUUCAGACGUUGUGGUGGUUUUGAUAAUUUGCCUUUCACGGGUGACUUUUGGUGACUUUACAACAGCGUCAGAUCCUCAUUUUUAAAUUUAUAGUUGAUCUGCGAGUAAGCUGAGCAAAAUAUUGUGCCUCCCAGUUCUGGAGGCAUCCUUAGCAGAAACUUUAACUGCUCAAAAUAGUCCUAGCCAGCGGGUGUUAUGGUACUGCUGUCGCUUUAUCAACAGAGGGAUGCAAGACAAGUUUACCAAAUUUUGUGUUCUGGGUGAUCCAUUUGAACGGAUACAUCACGUGUACAUUUGAAGGUACCUGGCAGGCGGUAUUGGGCUGUGGUUCAGAAACCUGCAUAAGGUCUAAAGCCAGAAGUAGAAAUAUAGGCGCACAUUUACAUAGUUUCCUUGUGGAUAAAUGUGUAUGAGAAAUAAUUGUUGAAUGUUCUGAACCAUGUCUUGCAGGUGGUUUCAUCCCUUUUGGAAAUUCAGAAGUUGAAUGUACAGUGCUUUCGUUUUGCUUAAUGACUCUUUUCCUUCUGUUA